UAUAUAUAUUUUUUUUUUUCAUAUCAGCUGGUGCGAGAAAGUUAAACAGAUUUGUUAAUUAUUUCUAUAAAAAUAAUCUUAAUCCUUUCAGUACUUAUCAGCUGCUGUAUGCUCCAGAGGAAGUUGUGUAGUUCUUUCCAGUCUGACCACAGUGCUCUCUGCUGACACCUCUGUCCAUGUCAGGGGGGGGUCAUGUGGUGCACAUACAGCUAAAAGCAGCACUCGCUCAAGUAUCCUGGAUAAGAAGGGAGGAGUUAUUGAAAAGAGCCUGAAGCAAAUGAAAGGACUGCAAAGAGACUACACAAGACUCUCAGUAUCUGAUCCCGGGGCUUGAUUUAUUGCUUAAACUGCUCAGUAGUGCUCUAUAAUGUCCUCAAUAAUGCUACUGUCCUGUUUCUAUUCCCGUCCACAUUGUGAGGAUAAAGUGCUAUCAAGGAGGAUAACAAGGCUGAACAAGGACCCCUCUGCAAUACACCAAUCUCUUCAGUGACCUACGGCAGUCCAGGUGUUGUGCAGCAAACCAGAGUUGUGAUACGGUGACGCCAGCAAAAGCUUUUUAACACCAUCCACGGUUUAAUGAUGCGAGAGAAUAAGAAAGGGUGUGAAUACUAACACAGUCAGUGCAGACCCAUGAGGGCAGGAGACCGGAUCCAUCCACAGCACCGCCACAACCUGCAGAGGUAUCACAAGAUGAGUGACUGUGCAUCCAGCAGCGCUGAAACCUUAGUGAGGACAUCGGAACGUCUUCCUCCUACAAAGAAAACAGCAAAAGUCCAUUUUGGGGAAAUCAUUGUUGACCACGGAGAUGUCCAGGCAGUAACACAGACUCCUCACCAGCAGAUUCUAAGAAGCCAAGAUGUCACCUGUUCUAAGAAGCCAAAGUCAUCGCGCAGAGGCAGCCAGAGGAGCAGCCUGCAGGGGCCCAUGCUGUCCGCCAGUCACAUAGAGGAGGCCGCAGGGGACGUGUCGGACCUCACGGCGUCUCUUCUCCUCGCUUGUCUCUUCUGCCAUUUCUCAGACUGUCUGGUCCUCCUCCCGGGCACCUGUGGCACAAGUGUGCGCUGUCUCUGCUCCUACAGCUGCCUCCCGGAGCUGAACGACCUCUGCUGCUGCUGCACCUCUUCUUGCUGCACUAACACCGACUGCGACUUCUUAGAUCUGUGUUUUAACACGGCCGAGUGUCUGGAGCUGGCCAUGGAAAUGUCCGAACUCUGCUUCCACUGACUAACCCAGGUCAUUCCUCUUUGUCCUCCUGUGCUGACCUGUCGUAUGGAAUCAGUGGUCUCUUAUCUAUGGACCUCCAGCUGUUGCAAAACUACAACUCCCAGCAUGCCCGGACAGCCAACGGCUGUCCGGGCAUGCUGGGAGUUGUAGUUUUGAAACAGCUGGAGGUCCACAGUUUGGAACUUGGGCUAUGGCUGCAUUAUUAGUGGGAAUCCUGGGAAUUACAGUAUUGAGCACAGCGCUGCCCAUGUGGCAGUGUCAGGUAUUGCAGCUGAGCCUCAGCAUUCUUUUGAAGGGGGCUGAGAUACAGUAUAAAGUUUACGCUAAAACAAAUGGAGGGUAGCUAAGAGAGGAUUUUUGUAAAGGGUUGUUGUUUGUAUGUAAAGGGGUCCUCCUCCUCCUAGCACAGUGCCUGUUUGUUAGAAGGCUCCCUUUACUGUAAGUUUAUUAAAAAGUUUUCCCCCCUGCUGAAACCGCCAGCAGUCACCAGUGGGGAAACCUGAAAAGAGUUUUACAGUUAUACAGCAGCGCCUCCGCAGGGCAAAUGAAGCAUUACACAGUGCUCAUUCAUACCAGUGGGCUGUCUGUAUAAUACAGGUCCUCCAGAAAUAAGGAUCCUGAAUUAUACAAUGGUGUAUGUGAAAAUAGGUUUUGCACCCAAUCUCCUGCCUGACACCCUUCUUUCUCCUGUAGACAGGUGUGCCCGCUGUCUCCUGCCUGACACCCUUCUUUCUCCUGUAGACAGGUGUGCCCGCUGUCUCCUGCCUGACACCCUUCUUUCUCCUGUAGACAGGUGUGCCCGCUGUCUCCUGCCUGACACCCUUCUUUCUCCUGUAGACAGGUGU